AUGUCUACAGCCGACAUAAACAAACUCGCUAGGUUCCUAGCCCAUCCCCAAAUCCUCUCUCUGUCUUCCCAAGAACCAGUUGACUGCAUAGUCAUAUGCGCAUCAUCAGUUCUCUACAGCGCAAGCUACCUCUUCUCCACUCUUCAAAACACCCCACGACUUACCAAAUACCUCGUCUUAUGUGGUGGAGUCGGCCAUUCAACACCACUUAUCUACGAAGCUGUCGCUCAACACGAAACCUAUCAUAAGAUCAAAGACGAUGUCAUCGGGUUACCGGAAGCCAGAGUGUUGGAGGUGAUCAUGAAUCGUUUCUUUGAUGUGGAUAUGAUAAAAAGUGCAGGAUGCGAGAUCUUGAUUGAGGAUAAAUCGACGAAUUGUGGUUCCAACGCUAUCGAAGCUCGCAAGUUGCUGGAGAACUCGGGGGUUCCAUCGUCUGGAAGAUAUGUGAUUAUUCAAGAUCCCACCAUGUCGCUGCGGACCAUAGCCUCAUUCCAAAAGACAUACUCCAAUCUUGAGAACAGACCCGAGUUCCUUAGUUGUCCAACUUUCAUACCGAAAGUUCGUGAUUUGGAUUCGGGAUCAGGGUUUGACGUUGAGAACAUCGAAGCAAAAGAGCUCUGGAAAAUGAAUCGGUUUGUGGAGCUGCUUGUAGGCGAAAUACCUAGGCUGAGGGACGAUAACGAGGGGUAUGGGCCCAAAGGAAAGGGCUUCAUUGCUCAUGUCGAUGUCCCACAGGAUGUUGAAGAGGCUUGGGGGACGUUGAUGGGAGUCUCGCGUGGGGUAAGGUGA